GCAGACAUUUGAGUUAUGUCUUCAAGGUGGAAAGCUGAGGAGGUGUGGGGAAAUUUCGCCUUGAUGUCUCAUGUAGGAUUCAUUUUGGAGGGGAAGGCUGACAUCAUACACAUUUCAGUUCCACAAUGGACAGUAUUUAUAUCGGACGUAGUGCUGAGAGUCGAUCACAACAAAGAGAGAAGAACAUCGUCAUCAUCAGCAUUUUACCGACAGCAUCAUGAAGACUCUCUGCUUCACUCUGGGGCUGCUGCUGCUCACCGCCUGCUGCUGCAACGCCAUGCCUAAAGCUCUGCAGUUCAGCAUGGCACCUGGAAACUGCUGCUUCAACUUAUGCAAGCGCACGUUACCAUCAAAGCUUGUAUCUAGCAUAACCAAGACCCACAGCUCCUGUCUAAAGCAGGCAUUCAUAGUCCAGACUAUCAGAGGAAGACAGAUCUGCUACAGUCGUACUUUCCAGUGGGCUCUGGAUGUCUACAAUCAGCGCCACAACACUGAGGGCAGCGGUCAGCAGCACUGAAGAUGUAUUAUUGUAUUAUACUUUAUUAAAUGAAUGCCUGGUUUUGCAAACUCAAAGGUGUGAAGACUUGUUCUUUGUAUUUUAAUAAAACUUUUAUUGCUGUAAUGGA